AUGUUCCCAGAAAACCCCAAUGACACUAUUGUACCCGACUAUGCUCUAGAAGAACACCAGUUUCCUCUAGAAGUGGCCCACUUCACUCCUAUCUUAACACAGUUGGCUCAUCAACAACUCAUACAGGAUGGUCUUAUGAAUGACCAGGCCACCCAUUAUUUAGCGUCGCUUUGGACCAUUGCCAACAACGCGGCUAAGAAACGAUGGGCAGCAGGACAGCGAAGACUAGCGGAGGUUAGAAGACAAGAGGAAGAAGACAAAGAAGCUGCUAAGUUAGAAGAAAGGAAGAAGAACAAGAACAAAUAUGCACCCCUUCGGUGUGGAAAGGUCCCUUCUGAUCCCAGUGUUAUUCCAGCAGUGUAUGCCAUCCAGAAAAUGAAAGUGGGUGAUUUCUGUGAACUACACUACUUCACUAACAAAGGCUUGAACAAGGCCAAAGCGGCGGUACUCGUCACAGAGCCAGAAGCACUUAUCAUGCUCCUGGAAGCCAACAGAGCUCACACAUGGAUCCCAGCGGCUGCUGUCAGAGACCCCAAAGCAGCAGCGGUCACUAAGGAUGAGAACCUCUCCUGGCAGGAAUUCAACAAGGCCACCCCUCAAAUGAUCUCCAUGAUGAGAAUUCAGGACUGGCCAGAAGAUCACAUCAACAUGCACAUCAUGUUCUGGUCAGUGUUACAAAACCACCACUGGUGCCACUCCCCAGACUAG